CCAUUAAAUUGAACUUGUGUGAAUAUGACGAAAUUUAGUAGUUUUGUGAUAGUCCCUAUUGCAAAAAUUCUUUAAUCACACCUUACUCACAUGCACUACGUUUCCCGAUUCCCUAGGGAACUAGUCACAUUUCGCGAUGUGGUGAACGUCUAUAAUCAAUAAUUGCAGUCCUUAUGAUUACAGGCCUCUUUGUACAUAUAUUAAAAUCAAAUGUCAGUUUUUCCCUUAAACGUAUUAUUAGAGAUACCGUUUUUUAAAUCUGCAGUACAGCAGACACAAGCGCAUCAAUUUUUCUGUUUUGUCAAAAAAGGCGAAAAGAACUUCUGUAUCAUUACCCGGGGUGUGUACAGUGUGUUUUGUUAUACUUUUCGCCAUACGAUGAAAAUAUACUUAAUAAGUAGCUAAUUUUGCAAACAAAAAAAGAAUAAUAGCUGAUUUUAUUUAAGUUUUAGCAAUUUCACCUAAAAUCAUUUAAAAUAUACUAGAUGAUAUUUAAAAUAAUGUGUUUUUGCAAAAUAUAAACACCUUGUACAAUUAUUGUUGUGUCGAGCUCUUGGACACCCUGUUAAAAAAAAAAUUCCGAGACGCCGCUGAACAAACCCACGUCAUUCGCGACCGCUGCUACAUAAAGGCGGUCGCUUUCGCACUUGCUCAAACAUGAAAGUGGGCAACUAUUUCACGUACGUCAGGAGAUUGCUGAUGGUGGUCGGGAUCUGGAAAGUGGAAAGUCCCGACAUCUCGUUUUUCGGGAAACGAAUCUACCAGGUCUACUCGUUCUCUAUCCAAUUAUUCUGUUACUCGGCGGCUCUGUCGUUGCUCGUCGAAAUACCUUCGUUGAUGAAGACUGACGUGGCAGCUGCGAUGGACAACGCAAACAGAUUCACCGUGUACAUCGUCAUCAUAAUUAAAAUGAUUGCGUGGCAGACCAGAAGGAUGGUAGACCUGCUCAAAGUACUCUUAGACCAAAACCAGCAGAUGCAGGCCUCUUGUGCCGACCUCCACAUACGUCGCUUGUAUAGAAAACACGCGAGGUACAAUCACAAGCUUAUGUUUCUCCUCGUCAGCUCUGGGACGGUCAUAGCGAUCAGCAUUGCUGGAGUAGGUGGCGUGAAUAUCUAUCAUUUUAUAAAAUCGCCGGACAAUAUCAACGCAACCGAAAAGCCGCUGCCCUACAGGUACUGGUAUCCUUUCGACCGCAACAAAUACUACUUGGUGGCUUUGGUGGACCAAAACAUCAGACCUACGCUCAGUUGCUUUUGCGUUGGUGUCACCAGCGCGUCGCUCAACUCGUUGGCGAUAUUCGUCAGCAUCCAGUUAAAAGUGUUGCAGCACCAAUUCGAGCACUUUAACCGGCAGAAGCAGGAAGCCCUCGACAGCCUGAAGUUGCUGUGCGAGAAGCAUCAAGGCUUGAUCGCUUUGUAUUUCAGAUAUACCAGUGAGUUCAGCGAAUCGCUCAAGUACAUAGUGAUGCUGGAUUAUAUGGUCUGCUCGGUUACGUUCGCGCUGCUGAUCCUCCAGAUUAUAGACGGCCAGCAGUUGUUGAUCAACUUCACCAUAUUUACGUUCACUAUGCUCACUGAACUGCAACGAAAUAAUAGUGCAGGUGAUUGCCAUCUCUCAUUGUAGCAUUUUGCGAAUCCCCGCCGUUUUCAGAGUACGGAGCUGGCGGAAGCUCUCUUUAAAAGCGACUGGUAUGACCAGAAUCAACGCACGAAAGUUGUGAUCCACGUGAUGAUGAUGAGGUGCCAGAAACCGCUAAGUUUGCGUAUCGGUUGGUUGGGAGUGAUGAAUUUGGAUGCCGGGAUAUCUGUGAGUCUCUACUACCUACGAGUGCCUACGAAUAUGAGAUCCAAAUUUUCAACGUUUCAGAGGCUAAAACUGGGUUAUUCGUACACUUCGAUUAUGAACCAUUGAUUGACUCCCAAAGAAAAAUGGACAUACGAUGUAUGUAAAGAAAUGUAAAUAAAAUGUUCCUCCAAUUUUCAGUGACCAUUUUUUCCGAAAGUCUGUGCUAAUGUUUAUCAAGGAAUUUUUACUUUCCUUGGGAAUUAAGUAAAAAGAAACGAUAAUUUUUUUUAACGUGUUAGUUCUCAUUGUCUUUUAAAACUUUAUAAUUGGGAAAACUGUCUUAUUAAGAAAUGUAACAAGUGUCUC